GCGUGGUUUCUUGGUGGGGUUUUGAGGGGAGAUUCGUGCGGGAGAUGCGGCCUUGCGAGGUUGGCGCUGGUUACAUACUGGCAGCGGUGAGGAAUUCCGCAAUGCCGCCGGAUUCGCUUGUAAUUUCAUGCGCCCUGCCGCGGUUCUUGAAUGCCUUUAUUUGCUGCGCUUCUUUUGCUUUUCCUUGCUAUUUUUCUCUUUCUUGUGAAGGUUGUUUGUGUUUUAGAAAGAUUUAUUUUUCUUAUUUUGAUUUUGGCAGUUGCUCUCAUGUUUUGGCCUUUGUUCCAAAUUGUUUUGCCUCUAAUGCUGGAAGAUUGCAAGAACAUUAUGGGGGGCGUGAUUUGCAAUUUCUGCCUUUUAACGUCUCUUGUUUCGGAGACUUCAAUUUUUAAAAGCUGUACCUUUUCUUCUGGUGUUGUUUUCUUAUUCAACCCACUCCAGAUUCUGCAAAUGCUUAAGAUUUCGAGCUUCCGCUGUUGCAGUUUGAGGGUGUACAAGUAAAGUUUGCCCAACUGUAAUGAAUCAGGUACAAAAUAUAAUAAUGGCAACUGAGGUCAAUCAAAACUAUUUUGCAUGGCCACAGGAGGAAUCAUCUGUGCAGGAUAUUUCUCAGGGAACAUCUCAAGUGUUUGGUCAUGGUUCCAUAUCUUUUGGAAGAUUUGACUUGGAAUCACUAGAAUGGGAGAAGUGGUCUGUAUUUACCAACGACAGGCGUCACGAAGAGUUUGGAAAGUUCAAUGGAUUAGUUGCUAAGAAGAGGGCAUACUUUGAAGAAUACUUUAAGAGGAUUAGGGAGCUCAAGGCUUUACAGCAACAAAACCAGCAAACUGAACUUAAUCUGGAAUACAGUGGUGAUGGUAGUGAUUCUAGUCAGACGGGAGAAGAUGAACCAACUGCAGAGCAUGGAGCUCCUACUGGAUCUGGAAUACUUGUUGAUGAUUCCAUGGAACAAACAACAGCUGCAACCACAUUUGAGCAUGAAAUGGAAUGCUAUGAUGAUCAUGAGAAUAUGAGCUUAGUUAAUGAAAUUUCUGCAUCAACUCUUUCUUCAUUGGUUGGUGGGUUGCAGCAAAUUGGAAAACAAAUGAGAGGAAAUGUUUGUGGCAGAAUGGAUGUGUCGCAGCAAAAUGCUAAUUCCAGUCAAGAUGAUCCUGGGAUGGCACAUGAGACCAUGAUGACUCCUAAGGGAACUAUCAAGAAAGACUCUCGGAUUGGUCAAGCUUCAAAAAUAAUUCCAAAGACUGUCAAGACAACUUCUAGUAAUGGUCUUGAUCACACAAUUGUUACUAAGGGACCUGGUUCAGGCAAGCCCAGUGUGAUAAACCAGAUGGUCAAGCCAGAAAAUAUCCUGUCAUUGCGAAGGCCAAGAGAAGCAACUUGUGAUUUGGUUGGCACAGUAGUAAGAAAUGGUAUUUCAAGUUUAAGAAGACCUUCCUCAGCAGCAUCACAAUGGCCUUCUACCAAAGAACGGCGACCUGUCACCAGAGAUGCUUCAAGGAAUCCUGCUGAAGUUACCACCCCAUGCCGGCCUUCUACUUCUGAAAGACGCCCUGUCACCAGAGAGUCAGCACUAAAGCAUGCGAACAAUGCUACCCCAUGUCGACCUUCCACCACUGACAGGCGCCCUGUCACCAAAGACUCAGCACAAAAGCAAUCCAACGUUGCUACUCCAUGUCGACCUUCUACGGCCAACAGGCGCCCUAUCACCAAAGAGUCAGCACCAAAACUAUCCAAUAAUGCUACCCCACGUCGACCUUCUACUGCUGACAGGCGCCCUGUCACCAAAGAGUCAGUACCAAAGCAAUUCAACAUUGCUAGCCCACAUAGACCUUCUACUGACGAAAGGCACCGUACCACCAGAGAUAUGGCAACACAGCAUGUUGGUAUUGCCACCUCAUGUUGGCCAUCUACUGACAAACAAUGCCCUAUCACCAGAGAGGGUGCACAUAAGAAUGCCGAUGUUGUCACCCUGCGCCGGCCUUCUACUGCCGAGAGAUGCCCAAUUUCUAGAGAUGUCACACCAAAGCAUGCCAUUGCAGGUCCGCCAUGCAGGCCUUCUACUGCUGAGAGGCGCCCCAUUGCUAGGAAUGUUGCACCGAAGCAUGCUCUGCCUCACAGGCCUUCUACUGCUGAGAGACGCCCUGUUACCAGAGAGGCCGCAUUGAAGCAAGCUAACGUUGCAAGCUCACGUUGGCCUUUGACCCCAGAUAGAUGUCUCACCAAAAAAAGGGAGAUUUCCACCCCAUGGCACCCUUCCACUGGAGAAAGCCACCCUAUCACCAAUGACAGUACCCUGAAAUUGGAUCCAAAAACACCUAUCAGGUUGAGAGCAAUGCCGAACUAUUCGAAGGGUGCUACAGUCACAGCAGUUACUCCCAAAAAGGCAAUAACUCCCAAUCUUGUUAAAAGUAGCAAGCCGGAAAACAUAAGCUAUGCGGAAGAAAGGUUGGAACUUCAAGUGGAUGGGAAGCAAAAGUCAAGCUCUUUUAACCUUCCUCCUAGGAAAAUGUUGACUUCCAAUGUUAGAGAUGAUCGAGUUCUAGAAGUUUUCAGAAAGCCAAACAAGGAGGGCUUUCAGGAGAGAGUGCGGGCUCAAGCUUUUGCAUCAAAUAAAACUACUCUGCAGACCGGAAGUGUAAAGAUGAGGGCUUCUGUGCCUCCACCGCCACCUCCCCCACCAUGCCGACCAUCUUGCAACGAGAGGAAGCCAAAUGUCAACAAUUUGCCUGCUGGUGGAAGAAAGCCGAAGGCCUCCACUCCACACUGGCACUAACCCAGUAUAAAGUCUCCAGUCUAGGAUCCUGUAGGAUAACAAGAUAAAUAUGAAGUUGUGAAGGAAAAUGAAGCGAUCGACUUGACCUAGAAGCAGCACCCACCCAUGCUAUUCCCCACCUGUCCACGAUUGAUGCAAUCUUGUGUCAUUACCGCCACAUUUGUCACUUGUGUCAGAGUAACCGUAGUAGUGUAUGUAGCUACGUGUAUCAUAUCCACUAAUGCCAUCGUAGUUCUACCGUCCCAGAUUUAACUAGAAUAUUGUAUAUACCUGAAAUAAUUGGGGCUUUAGCUGAAGAAAAUUGACGCAGAAAUUAUCCCCAAGAUUUGCAGGUACCUUGCAGUUUCUUGAACUGUUAAAACUUGAAAGAUGUUCAUCCGGAGCUACUAAAUGAUUGAUGGUUAAUA